UCUCCACUGCAGACUGUGAUGGUGCAGUGUGGAGAGGACAAGCUGCUGCUCAGGGUCCAGCUGGAUUUAUUUGGAACCAGGCACCUGAUCAAAACUGCUGACCUCACCCUGGGGACAGCAGGUUGUGUGCCAACCAGGAUCCACUCCCAGAACCACACUGUCCUCUUUGACUAUGGACUGCAUGAGUGUGGCAGCAGGUUGCAGAUGAUUGGAGAUUUCCUCAUCUACACCACCCACCUGAACCACACCCCAGAUUAUCAUGGAUCUGUCAUUGUGAGAACGAAUGGAGCUGUCGUUCCCAUUGAGUGUCGUUAUUUUAGGAACAGCAAUGUGAGCAGUGACCCCAUCAAGCCCACCUGGAUCCCAUUCAGCUCCACCAAGUCUGGAGAAGGGCAUCUGUCAUUCUCUCUGCGCCUAAUGAAUGGUGACUGGCUUACAGAGCGCACUUUGACUGUCUACUACCUGGGUGAGCUCAUUCACAUUGAGGCCUCUGUUUCAAUGACCAACCACAUGCCCCUGAAGCUCUACAUUGACCGCUGUGUAGCUACAUUGAGCCCAGACAAGGACUCCACCCCGAGAUACAGCAUCAUUGACCACAAUGGUUGCCUCCUGGACAGCAAAGCUGAGGACUCCUUUUCAACCUUUGUGUUGCCAGGAGACGAGCGGGAGCUGGACAAGCUCCGGUUUGACCUGGAUGCAUUCCGUUUCCUUGGAGAUGACCGUUCCUUGAUUUUCAUUUCCUGUCAUCUGAAAGUUGUUCCAGUGGAUCAGAGGGAUUCCAGGAACAAAGCUUGUACUUUCCAGAAGGUGUACAAUGUCUGGACCCCAUUGGAGGAAUCGAGCAUUGACAUUUGUGUCUGUUGCCAUGUGGGUAACUGUGGUGCCACAAGGGAGUUGUGGUUUGGUUCCAGAGGAAGGAGAGAUCUUAGUGAAGCUGGAUUGAAGUGGGAGGGUGAGGCCUCACUUGGACCCCUGCUGAUUCUGGAUACUGAUGUGACCAAGCUGGCAACAGAGUCCCUGAAUGAGGCUGAGCGAAGGAUGCAGGAGAGGUCUCCAGGUGGUGUGGAGUCUGAGGUGGUCCUGAUCGUGGCCCUGACUGUGACAGCUGUCUCUCUGAUCUCUGCUUCAUUGCUGGCCUUGUUCCUGUACAGGAAACACAAGCAAACUCAGGUCAACCAGUGA